CUGGCAACUCUCCUGAACACCACUAAAGGAUAUAUAAGUGAAUAUUGUAGCUAGUUUCAUCAGUCAGGUCAAGACACCCAAUUUGGAGGCACAGGAUAUCUGAAAUCUCUUCUUCUGUGGCACAUUACAGUUUAGAUUCAGAUCGCAAAGAUGGUGAAAACGGUAAUAUUAUCAGGCGUGCUUCUCGUCACUCUGUUUGCCAUCAUCGGCACAUCAGAGGCCGGUCCUCGCAAACCUGAUCCAGAGUGUGGUAACAUAUUUUGCCCAUUACACGUCGACCCCGUUUGUGGCAGCAAUGGCAAGACGUACUCAAACGGCUGCUUCUUAAGUAUCGCGCAGAGAUGCGAAAAUCGAAAUAUAAAGUUUCGAUGCCAAGGAGAGUGCAGCCAGUGUCGUCAUUGAGUGACAAGCAGUCUGUAUUAAAAGUGGAAGAAAUAACUUAAAAGAGGAUCUAUAAAGUCAACUGUAUCCUUGAUGUAAUUCCUCAAGUAUGUCAAUAUAGAUUUGACUUAAAUUUCUUACAUCAAAUAUCUGUACCUUUCAUUAAAUCAAUUAUCACUGAAGCAUAGCAUCAUUUAUGAAAAAAAAGCAUUUUAAAACCUUCGAUAAAACCCAAUUCUGUUUUAAUUUCCCUUGUAAUUAUUCAUGGAUUUUAGUAAAAACGAACUUACAAAUAACCACGCUUUAAGGGUGAUUGCUAUCAGAGUAAAUUCUUAGUUCUUUAAUCGAAAUUACAUGGAAAUUAGUAGCACAUAUUUAGAGGAGGCUGUUGAUGUAAAGAGAAAGCAUAAUUUUGUUAAGUUUUAUGAAUGAAUGAAAAGAAAUUAUUAAGUAAAUUUUAGCUAUCUCAAUUAUACCGUUGAACUUGUUUUCU